AUGGUUGCCCUAAGGCGCUUCUUCCAUGCGGAGAAGACGCCGUCAACCCCAGCUUCGGGGGAUCGAGAAUCCCAAACACAGAGCCCUCUUUCCCACGCCUCCAACGCUGCGUCUCCAGAAUUGAGCGAGAAUGAGCAUUUUCAGAAUAUUGAGAGGCAGUUUGAGGUGUUGCAUGAUGAGCUGAAAGCACGCCCUUCGCACAUCCCACUCGCCCGUGCUUCUAGUCGCCUCACGCCCAGGAAUCCUCGGCAUGUCGACCUUCUCGAUGCUCUUUUCUCGGGCCAUCGGUACCAGAAGCAGUCUCCCGGCGUAACGCCUCGCGCGACGACUGCGUCUCCGAUAACUCCCUAUAAUGAGGACGUUGCUGAGCGUAACAUGGUGCCAUUUCUUCGGCCGCGCAAUGGACGGAAACGAAAUGCCUAUUCCCGAAUUAUAUCUGCUCUAUAUCAGGAGGAUGUGGCAGAUCGGAAUAUUUCUCAGAACAGAAGGAGGAGCCGCUCACUUUCUCGCAGCACUAGUCGACCCCGACUCACCACGAGUCGUUCCCAGCAGAUGGACUUCCAAUGUCAGGGAGAUGAGACUAGAGGUCGUUCCCGUUCGAUAUCUAACGAAACCCAGCUUGUCAAUUCAAUCUCACAAGAAGCUCUGUAUUCUGUUCCAAAAUCUUUUCGAGAUCAGGUGGUUGCCGACGGAAACGAAUCAAGCGCUGCAGCAUUGCGAACACAGAGGUCGGCUCCAACCGUGAUGUCCGAGCAGGAGAAUCUGUCAGAAGAACGUGUCUCGCCACAUCUAGGUGUUCCCCCUGCCCAUAAACAAGGGGGUUCUUGGACCAACACCCCUUUGCCGGACAGUCCAACAUUACCCACGGCCACAUAUGUCAAAAGGAGCUCAAAUGACAAGAAGACACGAAACUCACCUGCCACUACUACUUCUAGUCCGCGUUUGCCAAGCACUCCCAAAGAUGUGCGGCCCCCAAUGGCACGUCGAAAGAGCUCGAAAAAGAAUAUUUUGGAUCUCUCCAUCAACACCGAGUUGGCCGCUCGAGGAAGACCUAAGAAGAUCACUCACAGAGCCAUCCAACCCCCAACUCCCAGCACUCUUGACGGGAAGAAGAACCCCAGCAUCGCAGAAAUCAUGAACAGCCCAGCACCCCUUGCAACUCCAACACAAUCCCCGUUACCAAGCUCGAAUAAAAAAGUAGCCGAGAUAAUGGAUAUGUUCCGCAAGGCAUACACCUCAACACAGGCAUUUACACCGCACCCGACAUUUGAAACUCUUCAGGAUGCAAUUAUUCGCGAGAUCAAUUCCCAUGAGGCUUUUCAGAGGGUCCCUGUUCCUGACCAAGGCCCACCAUUCACUCCUUCGCCCUCAGAGGAAUCAUUCGACCAGAGUGCAACUCCGCCGAAACCAAUCGCCCUCAAAGAUGGACAAAGACGGCGUCGCAUGAGCUCCUUCAGCAAAAAGCACCAACGUGAGUCAGAUACACACAAGAGUAUCUCCACAAGUGUUCCGCUUAACACUGCCCUCGGGGACUCCGGCGCCCCCAGCCGACGACGGCACACCGACGCUCCACCUCCCUCUCCUGGGUUCUUCGACACCUUGAUCCCGCAACAUCCGAGCCACCCUGAUAACUCAGUCACAUACAUGGACCUGCUACUGCGGUCUGAGAACUCAGGCGUGGCCAAGCGGAAGAGAACCUCUUCCGUAAAUACCGGAAGGAGCCCUCACUCCGCGACCCCCUCUGUUCUCUACAUGCGCGCUCAAACUGGCCCUUCCAACGAAGGCAAUGUGGGCUUUGCUGAUGAUGACGGUGACUCGGACAUCAUCCAUCUCCCCAGCAUCAGUGGGAUCCCGCAGGUCCAGAUCCAAGGUGUCGAUGAGAACAACGUGACCUAUACCGCGGAGAACACGACGCCUCGAAAUGCUUAUCGGUUGAUGAGCUGGCCGAGGAAGACCAAUCCUUUCAUUUAG